AUGUAUAAUAAUAAUGGUUUUCAUGAAGAAACAAAUAUAGAUGAAUCACAAUUUACAGUUGAAAAAGUUGAAACAGUAUUAAAAUCACUCUAUUUCCCUCAAAAUAAUGAUUAUAGUGCUUUACCACAAAUUCAACAGUGGUUAAUACAAUUUCAAAAAUCAUUUUCGUCUUGGAGUAUUGCGCCAUUGUUAUUAAUGUCAAAUAUUAAAGAAAUCCAAUAUUUUGGAGCAUCAACAAUAGAGAAUAAAAUUAAAAAUAAUUGGUUAUCAUUAAGUCAAGAUAUGAAAAAGGAAUUUUUAGAUAAUUUAUUAUUAUUUUUAAAAACACAAAUUACAAAAUGUUCAACAGUAGUUAUCACAAGAUUGUGUUUAGCAGUAUCAGUCAUAGCUUGCCAUUCAACAACUGAUCUAUGGGCUAACCCAAUUUUGGAUGUAUUACAACUUAGUUUUCAAGAUAUUAAUAAUUUAGAUUGUUUCAAUCCAAAUCUUGUUAAUUUAACAUUGGAACUUUUAACUAUAUUCCCUGAAGAAUUAACAAAUGCAGAUUAUAUAACACAAGAAAAAAGAAAUAAAGUAGGUUUACAAUUUAAUAAACAUAAUUCUAAAGUAUUUGAAAUACUUUGUAAGAUAAUGUCAUUACCACAAAAUCAACAAACUUUAAUAUUUAUGAAAUCAUCAUUAAAAUGUUUUAAAAGUUGGAUUUUAUUUGAUUGUUCACCAAGGGAAUAUUUAAUUGAUAGUGAUUUAAUUUUAAAAUGUUUUGAAGCAGUUUCAAAUAAUCCAAAAUUAGUUGAAGAUUUUUUAAUGGUUUUAGAUGAAAUGUUUACAUUUAUGGGUGGAAAGAUAUUUAGAAGUUAUACAUCGGCAUUUAGUUUGGUUUUAAGUAGAAUUUUGAUGAUUUUUCCAUCAUUUUACAUUUUAGCAUUACAAGAAGAGAAUCAAAUCUUUAAUCAAAUCUUUUUAUUAUUUUCACAUAUAGCAGAGAAUCAUAUUAAAACCUUAUUAAAGAAUCCUGAACUUUCAAAUAACUUUUUUAAAGCAUUAAUACAAAUGGCAUUAAAAGGUGAUUUUGAAACAUGUGAACUUUUAUCACCUGUUAUUACAGAGAUUGCAGCUUUACACGAACUUCAUUCAACAUCAUCAACAACAGAAGCAACAACAACUACAAUAGCAACAACAACUACACCAACAACAACAUCUGAUUGUGAUAUUAGUGGAUGGUAUCAAUAUUUAGGGGAAAUGGUUGAAGUAUUUAGAUUGAAAUCAAUGUAUCCAUUGGAUAAGGAUAUUUCAGACCUCUACGAAGAGGAUGCUGAGAAAUUCUUUGCAUUUAGAGUUAUAGCAGGUGAUAGUGUAUUAGAGGUGUACAAUAUAUUGGAGGGUAAAAUAUUACAACAACUACUCAAUAGUCUUUGGUCGGAUAUUCAAUCUUUCCCAACUACCAAAUGUUGGCAAUCUAUUGAAGCAACCAUCUAUCUAUUAAGUUGUCUAUCAGAGAGUAUAACAGAGGAUACAGAAUUUGUACCACAACUAUUCUCAAUUUUAGGUCAAUUACCAAUUCAAUCGACACCACUCAUUAAAAGUACAAUGACUUUGGCAGGUAACUAUUCAAAUCUAAUCGAUAAAAGUACAAUAUUCCUUGAGAAGAUUGUAAAAGAUUUCUUCCCAGCUUUUGAAAAUCCAGAUUUAAAAUCAGUUGCAAGUCAAUCUUUCCUUUCAAUCUCUAAAAAUUCAAAAUGUGCUUCAAUACUUUCAAAUAGUAUUACUCAAUUAAUUUCUUUAUGUGCUCCAAUUUUAUCAAAUAAUAAUAAAAUUUUAGAUGACCCAUCAAAUUUUAAUAUUUUAGAAGCUUUAUUAUACAUUAUAUCAACAUUACCAUCAGAUUCUCAAGUUUUAAAUUAUUCAACUCAAUUACUUUAUCCAUUCAUACUUUUUAUUAAAAAUUAUUAUACAAAUCAACUGCAACAACAGCAACAACAACAACAGCAACAACAAACUGAAUUACGAUUAUUAUUAUCAUCAAUUAAUCUAUUAACAAAAUUCUGUAAAAUAUAUGACGAUGAGCAAGUUAAUGAAUAUGGAACAACGCAACAAGAAAAUAAUAAUAAUAAUAACAAUAAUAAUAAUAACAAUAAUAAUAAUAAUAACAAUAAUAAUAAUAAUAAUAAUAAUAAUAUUAAACCAGUUUUUGAAAUUAUUAACAAUAUAAUACCGAUUUAUGGAGAGUUAUUAAGUUUAAAUACGUUAGAGAGUUCAAUUAUCGAAGCGAUUAGUAUAUUUUAUAAAAAAGCGAUAAUGAUAAAUAAUAACCAUCAAAAUAUAACAAAUAUACCAGAAAUUAAUAGGCAACUUACAUUAGCAUUUUUAAAACAUAAACCAUUAAGUUUAGUAUUAAGUACACUUUCAAUCUCAAUAGUUAAUUUACCAAAAGAACAACAUUUAGAUUUUUUAGCAGAUUCAUUAUCCUCUAUCUCUUCUAAAAUGAUUCAAAUUUGGAGCGAAAAAUCAAAUCAAAAUAAUAAAAAGAAUAAUAAAAAAAUAAAUAAUAAUAUUGAUAUUGAUAAUGAUAAUGAAAAUAAUAAUAAUAAUAAUCAAAUUCAAUUUGAAAAUAAUGAAUUAAAUGAAUUUAAAAAUUUAAAAAUUUCAAUUUAUCCAGAUAUAACAAAGGAAUAUUUUACAAUGAUUACACAGUAUAUAAGGUAUAAUGCUGUAUCAAUUCCUCAAGGAGUUAUAUCACAUUUGUUUAGUAUCAUUUUAGUAAACAUUACAAAGAUACAUGAUAAAGUUACAGCACGUGCUUGCUUUUCAUUUAUGGCUUUGAUAAUCACAAAAUCAAAAGAAAUGAAAAGUCAAAUCAAAUGGGAACCACUAUUAAAUGAAAUCAAUGGUUGGUUAAGUAUUCAUGGUGAACUAUUUAUUAAACAAAUACUUUAUUCCGCUGGUGGUGGUAUACCAAGAAGUGUUGUACAAUUUAUUUCAGAGGUUAUAGCAUCUUUAGUAUCUUCGUAUCCUGAUGUAUUUAGAAUUAGUGCACUCAAAUGUUUAUCAGUUGAUGGUUUCCCUUCAAGUAAUAUAACAAAAGAACAAAAAGAGAAAUUUUUAAAUUCUUUAAUGUUGUAUAGAUCAAAGAAAUUACCUUUAAAAAUUGUUACUGAUUUUUCUUUAGUUUCUUUAGGUAUUGCAACAAAUCAAUAA